CAAAGGCUUACAACAUUCUGUGCCGUCGAAGAAAGCAGACGUGUAAAGUGAAAAGUGCGAAAAUUUGGCUCUCCACUCUGUGAAGACAGCAGCAGCAAGCAAAGUGGGAAAUAUUCUUAUUUCACCAUAAGCAGAAAAAUACUCUAGCAGUGCAAGUGCUUUAGAAAAAUCAGUUGAAAGUUUAUCCAAGGGAAAAACCAAUAAUCUUUGGUUACUGUUCUGGAAGCAAAAACGAAAGUGUUUCAAGAUCAAACAGUUUCAAAAAAGUUGCCGCACAAAAUAGUAAAGUGCAAGUGUGCAGUGCAAGCAAUAACACGAAACGGAAUAGUUUCUACAAAAGCGGUAAAAAUGGAAGAAACAGGAAUACUACUAUCUCCGCCCGCAACACCCCCACUGGACACCGGGAAAGACACUAAGACUUCGAGUGAGGUUAAGCAAGCGCUCAAACGCAAACUGGAACAACAGCAACAGUCGCCACGUAUCGCCGACAUGCAGAAUAAGGGCUUUGCCACACCCAACCAUUCGGAUCUGUCCGAGGAUGAAUCUGAUCUGCCACCGCGCAAACGAUUGUACGUUCGCGAUCCGGUUCAACUGGAACAACACUAUCAUCACACGCUAUCUACGUCGAUGACUCCACCGCCAUCGGACUUUUCCGGGUCGGAAGAUGAAAAUACCAAAUCCGCCGACGACUCGCAAACAGCGCCACCCCAGCGUGAAAGUGUCAUCAUGCGAAUCAACAAAGACGGAUCCUGUACGACUGCCAGCGAACCUAAGGAAGACGAAACCAACCUAAACGUGUUCCGCUGCGUUAAGUACAAAAUGGGACGACGAUCGCCCUUCGAAAAGCCACAGGAACCAGCUGAGUUUCCAACUCAAGACGAACCCUCGCGAUUGGCAAGCCUUAAUUUCUCAGACCGCGUUGGCUCACGAGAAACCAUGGCUCCCGUCGUCCCCAAUCGGACACAAAAGAGUGUCCCCCUUACCGCCGUACCUGCCGCACCAGCAGCACCAAAGCCUACUCAAGCAGUCAAACCUUCGACCUCGCUCCCCGUCAUUGCCCCCAAGAUUCCGCAAAUCAUCCUCGCCACGCAGAACGGCUUUAUACUGGUUCCUCCGCAAAUCUCACAAAACCUGCUGUCCACUGGCAACGGUAAAGCUAUUCUGGUUCCCCAACCACAAAAUGCAUCCUCCGCACAGUCAUCAUCAGCGCAGCCAGCCGUUCCUGCGAAGCCGGAACGCCGACGGAUCUACGAGUGUGAACACCCAAACUGCGGCAAAAACUACUUCAAGUCGAGUCAUCUUAAAGCGCACCAGCGAAUUCACACCGGUGAACGACCUUUCAUGUGCAAAUGGUCCGACUGUGGCCGCAGAUUUUCCCGAUCCGACGAAUUGUCCCGUCACAAACGUACCCACACCGGGGAGAAGAAAUUCGUCUGUCCCGUCUGUCAGCGACGUUUCAUGCGAUCUGAUCAUCUCUCAAAGCAUGUCAAACGUCACAACAAGGACAAAAGCCAGAAAGAUCAACAACAGCAGCAGCAACCACAACAGCAGCAAACUCAACAACCCCAAGUUGAACUGGUACGCUCGCUCUAUCCCGUCUCCAUGUACCAGCCAUCGCAGGAGGCCGUCCCCGUACAGUUCGUCACGGCUGCCGCGCCCACUGAGAUUCGCGUUCAACCAAUUUACUAAGUUGGGUGCGCCUGCUUGUUUCGAAGCAAACUGAAGAGAGAAACAAAAAAACUCUUGUACAUAGCUGGAACUGACUAGAUUUUAGCCUAUUUUCUCGUUGUUAACCUGUUUAUUGACAAUCUAUUAUCUGUGGUGUCCCUUCAGAACUUUCCGCAGAUAGGCUCAUUCCAAGUUACAAAAUACAACUAUCUUAUCCAAUUAAACGUUCGAAGGGAAUGGUUACAAGAGAAAGUUUGUGUAAAGUUGUAUUUCAACCAUUAGGAGGAUAUCAAAAGGAGAGUUUCGUUAUUAUUAUUCUCGUAAUUGUCAGGUUUUCGUUUAUUCUAUACAUAUAUUAAAAUACAUCUGUGAUCGUUUUAAAGUUACAUUAAUUUUAGGACCAGCGCGUCGUUUAACUGUUUGUCUACAGUUUAAGUAACUUAUUUGACAGCGUUAGAGAGGUUUUAAGUUCACCUGUUUGUUCAAAUAAACCGAACUGUUUGAAAUAAUGUUUAAUCUUUGUUUGUAAUGUAUAUAGGAUUGGGAAGAAUGUGGAAAGUAUGAAUUAUACGGAAAAAUACAGAAACUUUCACUUAAACAAACUGAAAAA